CUUAUCUCCUUCAAACCGCUUAUUUCUCCGCUCACUCUGCAAGCUGCAAUGGCCGACGACGAGAAAAUGGAGGACCAGAAUGCGGCCAACAAUUACUCCAUAGAUUCAGAUUCCGAGGAAGAGGAAGAGUAUAUCUAUGAGCAUCCUUCAACCACCCGGGCGGAAACUGUGAGGAGGUUCGUGCGCGUGCUCAACAAGAAGAAGCUAAGGAGGGAGUUGGAGGAGGAGGAAACCGAAGGCCCUUCUAUUGAGGAAGAGUACGAUUUCCCAGUGGACCCGGAGAAAUGGACUGAGGAGGAUGUGAAGGAGUUAUGGGCGGACCCUCCAGUUGGAUCGGGCAAAACCGGGUGGGACCCCAGCUGGGUCGACGCCGAGGAUGAAGAGAUGAUUAGGGGGGAGUUAAGGGAGGGUCGAGACCCUUAUUUUGGGCCGUUUUACGUGCCGUACCGGAAGCCGUUCCCCGCGGUGCCUGAUAAUCACCACGAGAUUGCGACCCCAAAGGCUGUGAUAGAAGAGCUCGAUAAAACCGAGGAGUUCAUGAGAUGGGUCAGCUACAUUUUCGACGAUGGUAGCUCGUAUGAAGGCACUGUUUGGGAUGACAAGGCUCAUGGAAAAGGUGUUUUUGUUGGUGAGAAAGGACUGGUCAGGUAUGAAGGUGAAUGGCUUCAUAACGAAAUGGAAGGACAUGGGGUUGUUGAAGUAGAAAUUCCUCAUAUGCAACCCGUUCCUGGAUCCAAGCUUGAAAAGAAGAUGCGAGCUAAAGGGAAAAUAAUAACUAGAGAUUCCAUGGACCCAGAAGACAGAGAAUGGCUGGAAAUGGAUAUUGCGGAUAGUGUUAGAUUUGCUGCAGGAAAACGUGAAAUCCCUUUUUAUGACAAAAAGAUCUGGAUAAAGCAUUUUGGAGAGAAACCAGAGAAGGGUCGUUAUCGUUAUUCUGGUCAGUGGAAGCAUGGGAGAAUGCAUGGCUGUGGUGUAUAUGAGGUCAAUGAACGAACAAUAUAUGGCCGAUUCUACUUUGGAGAAUUUCUUGACCUGGAUACUUAUGGAUGUGAUCUUGAAAUUUGCGCGACGCAUGCCGGUAUAGCAGAAGUUGCAGCAGCUAAGGCCCGUAUGUUCACUAAUAAGCCUGAUGGAAUGGUAAGAGAAGAUAGGGGACCUUACAGCGAUCCUCAGCACCCAUAUUUUUAUGAAGAAGAUGAUGUGUGGAUGGCACCGGGCUUCAUCAACCAAUUUUAUGAAGUUCCUGAUUAUUGGAAAAUGUAUGUGCACGAGGUGGAUGAAGAAAGGGAAAUGUGGCUGAAUUCGUUUUAUAAAGCUCCUUUGAGAUUACCUAUGCCUGCAGAGCUUGAAUAUUGGUGGGCCAACGAUGAAGAACCGGAGUUUAUUCUGAUCAACAGGGAACCAGAGCCUGAUCCAGAAGAUCCAUCAAAACUCAUAUAUACUGAAGAUCCCCUCAUCAUGCACACGCCAACUGGAAAGAUUAUCGACUAUGUGGAUGAUGAGGAACACGGGAUUCGAUUAUUUUGGGCACCUGAUGUUAAAGAUGGAGAAGAAGAUGAGAACAUAGAUGAUGUCGAGUUUCUUCCUCUGGGAUUCGAUGAGUUCUAUGGACGAGAAACAUAUGUCGAGGAGGAACAAGAACACUUUUUGAAGCGUUUUAUUUUGUCUGUAGAAAAUGCUUGCAAACCGAUAUUCUCCAAACUGGAGAAAUGGGUGGAGGAGCAGAAGAAAGCUAGUGAGAUGAAGAUGGCAUUGCUAAAGAAGGAGCUUGAAUUAGCGGAAGCUGAAUUUGCUCUUAAUGAGGCAAUUGAAGACUUGGACGAGGCAUUAAAGCUGGUGCAGCAAGAGGAGGAGAGGAAGGCGGAGAUGGGUAUCCAGGAGGAAGAAGAAGAUACCUCGCCCACCAAACCAACUGACCAAUCCAAGAAAACGACAACCGAAAAGGAGGAGGAAGAUGAAGAUGAAGAAGAUGACGAGGGGGAUGAUGAUGCCGCUUCUUUUAGUUUUGGGUCGGUUGAAAAUCAAGACAAGGCUAAAACCAACCAGAAUGGGAACAAACCCGGGAAGCCAUCUCCAUUUGGAGCAUCUUCUUUGCCAUUUGCCGCAUGUUCCCUCGUUUCCCAAGGUCCUUCCAAGCUACUACAUUCAUUUAUGACAUGGAGGAAGGAGGGGAAAACAAGGCAGCCGCCAUCUUCAGCUACCACUGCCCACUUCCAUGUUUUGCCUCACGAGCAACACGCCCCAACCUCAAUCACCUUCCCCAACACCGUUGCUAAAAACUGCAGGUUAAGAGCAACCCGGCACAUGCAUUACCACGAAAAGCGUGCAUGCAGGUUGCCGAUGAUAGUUCAGUCUAAGCACACAGCUCGUUCUAAACUGAAAACUUCUUGGGAGAUCCAAGGACUCAAGGAAGACGACGUUAGCUUAUCUAUAUUAUCCUUGCAUACGCCUUUAGAUCUAAGGGAGUUAGGGGAUAGUAGCUCAACUAUACUGUCCUUGCAUAUGCCUUUAGUGGCGUAGCGAUUAGUGUUGUCUCUGAUCUGUUGUUAUGUUCUUUGCACCAAAUCUGAUAAUUUUUUCAGGUCCUUUGGACAAAGUUUUGUUGAAUUAAAAUUACACCUUCCCUAUUGGUUUUUGGGAGCUUGAGCCAUCAAUAAGUAUCUUGUUAUAUUUGGUUGAAAACA